UCCACCUAACCAAUCCCAUCACGUUUCACUUUCACCCUUCAUCUUGCUUUCCUUUCCUUUUCGGUUCAUAUCAUCUUUAAGAAUCUACAAAGAAAAACAACUUUUCAUUUCUGUGAGAUUCUUUUUCUCCAGCUCCUCCAAGAAUCAUGCAUGAGAAGAGUAUUGUAGAGGACGUUAUCGACGAUUUGGUUGAUAACUUCACUGAGACAGUUCAGAAGAAGAAAAAUGUUUCUUUCUUCGAACAAGAAGAAGACACCGUCUCUUCUCGUUUCAACCGCUUGUUUGGUCGUGAGAAGCCUAUUCAUCAUGUCUUAGGCGGUGGCAAAUCUGCUGAUGUGUUGUUGUGGAGGAACAAGAAGAUCUCUGCAAGUGUACUGAUGGGAGCCACUGCAAUUUGGGUGCUUUUUGAGUGGAUCAACUUCCAUUUUCUCUCUCUCGUUUGUUACGGUCUCUUGCUUGGUAUGAUUGUGCAAUUCGUUUGGUCUAAUGCCUCAGGGGCUCUAAACCGGUCACAGUCUAGAGUGCCUCGCCUUGUUCUUCCAAAAGAUUUCUUUGCUGAUGUGGGUGUGACCAUUGGAACAGAGGUUAACCGUGGUUUGAUGUUUCUUCAGGACUUGGCUUGUAGAGGGAGUUUGAAACAGUUCCUCAUGGCUGUGAUUGGACUAUGGUUAGCUGCAAUGAUAGGGAGCUGUUGCAACUUCCUAACUGUUUUGUAUAUUGGGUUUGUGGGAGCACACACAAUGCCGGUUCUGUAUGAGAGAUAUGAAGAUGAAGUUGAUGGUUUUGUUGAUUCUUUGCUCAUGAAGUUUCAUAGUCAUUACAAGAAGAUUGAUACUGGUUUUCUCAGUAGAAUCCCAAGUGGAAAGUUUGGGUUCAAGAAGCAUGACUAAAUCAACUUCCUUAUCUUUCUUUCUUGUUAAAACAAUGGAUUAUGGUUGUGCUCUUUGUUGUGUUCAUGUUUUGAAAAAUAGUCAUGUAGAUUUGUGUAUUAAAGUUCUUUUAUUUUGUUAUUACAAACUCAUCUCCAUUGUGUUUCCUUGUUUAGGUACUCUCAAACGAAGUAAAU